AAACGAUAACUUACUGCCAAAACCGGACCCAAGUGUCUCCACUUAAAACCCCUCCGCCCAAUCCCUCUUCCGCCGUCGCUUGUUCCGCCGUCGCCUCCCUUCCGCUGUCGUCUCUGUUUCGCCUUUCUAACCCCCUGUUGACCACUGCUUCUCUGCUAUCCUCGGGUUGAAGGAGUUCUUGCACCAAUGAGACUAUCGGGAUUAAGUAGUUCUUCUUCAGGAUGUUGUCUCCAACUACCUACUUGUCACUUGGGAUCUCAGCGUAUCCGAAUUGCUGCCUUUUCUGGGGCUGGGAAACGUAAACAAGAAAAGGAGUUUCUCCAAGAGGAAAGAUCCAAUAUGUUGUGUUCUAGACUAAACCUCAAUAAACGACGAGUUCACUUGGUCAAAAGUGCUAUGGAUGCUUCAUAUGGUGAUAUGGCAAAUGAAUCUGCUGCAAAUUCAGCUGUUUUCCCAAGAAUCAAUGUGAGGGAUCCAUACAAACGACUUGGAAUAAGCAAGGAAGCUUCAGAAGACGAGAUUCAAGCAGCAAGAAAUUUUUUAAUCCAACAAUAUGCAGGGCACAAACCUAGUAUUGAUGCCAUUGAAUCAGCGCAUGACAAGAUAAUCAUGCAGAAGUUCUAUGAGAGGAGGAACCCAAAAAUUGACAUCAAGAAAAAAAUGAGGGAGGUGAACCAAUCCAAAUAUGUUCAGGCUGUAAGAAACAGAUUUCAAACUCCAUCCCAGAAGUUCAUUAUCAAAACAUCGUUGGCAUUCUUGGUUCUCGGAGUUCUAACUGUUCUAUUUCCAACGGAGGAAGGGCCAACACUUCAGGUUGCAAUAUCACUGGUGGCUACAAUUUAUUUUGUGUAUGAUCGGUUGAAGAGCAAGAUCCGGGCCUUCCUUUAUGGGGCUGGAGCAUUUGUUGCUUCCUGGUUGUUGGGGACCUUCUUGAUGGUGUCAGUGAUUCCUCCUAUCCCUCUGAUCAAGGGACUACGAGCAUUUGAAGUGACGACAUCCUUGAUAACGUAUGUUUUAUUAUGGGUGUCAUCUACUUAUCUUAGGUAAUUACUUAAUUUACAUAUGGAACUGAGUUUUUGAGCACUAGAACAGUUUUCUCAGUGGAAAUCUGCAAAAAGUUAUACUGCUUAUCUUAUUUUUACGGGGAGCCUUUCUUUUCUACUGUGUAAUUUAUCACUAUCAUCCUCAGGAUUUUGUUACUUCUUUUGUAUGGUAUGAUAAUUUUGAGUUGAGCCAGUCAAAUA